GGCACGGUGCCUGGGGUCGUCUUACACAACUUCAAAGCCAAAGAGUUCGACGAGGUGGACGUCAUCGAGGGCGAAACUGUCAUCGUCGUCGCGCAAUCUAAUCCAGAAUGGGUUAUUAUAAAGCCUAUCGGUCGCUUGGGAGGCCCCGGCUUGGUUCCACUGUCCUAUAUAGAGAUACAGGACAGAGCGACCAGACAAGCCGUUCCCGAUUCCCAGGAAGCUAUCCAGAGAGCUGGAGUGCCAAAUGUCGUGGAGUGGAAGAAGAUGAGUGCCGACUACGUGAAGGGCACCAUUUCGCUUGGC